CUAUCACAGAUUACUAGUCUGUGGUUCUAUAUUUGAUUUUCUGUGGUUUUCGGACUAUCGGAAAUUCGUAAGGAAAUUGAUAUACUUGGUGUAUAUAUUUUCCAUUUUUAAAAAAAUGAUUUCAUCUCCAACUGCAUCUUGCUCAAUUGAUAGGAAUAGUGAUUUGGAGUUAUCAAAUGUCGCUUCAAAAUUUUCAAUCCAGAGUGAGGAUGCCAGAAUAGAAUCUUCUGUAGAUAUGAGUAAUCCAAGAUUUCAAACCCAACUUUCAAAUACCCCUUUUCUUUAUGUCCAUAAUUCAUCUAAUUCCCUUUAUGUCAAUCCAAACUCCCCUAAUACAUUCCUAAAAACGGCGCCCUCCGUUCCUAUGGCUAAGUCUACGACAAUACCUCAUAAGCCUAUUUCUGGCCUGUCUCUUCCAUCUAACCAGAGUUUAUUAUUACCUAACAAAAACAGUUCAUUGAAGCCACAACAAAUUGUUAUACAGAAAGGAGGAACUUUCGUGAUCAAACCAGUUGGUAAUUUAGGAAAUUAUGGGGAAAAUGUUCAUGGAAAUAAAAUACAUAUUACAUCAACAACAACAUCUUAUGUUAAAAAACCUGCUGCUCCAAAAUUUGUUUUAACAUCUCUUCCAAAACAAACAGGAUCUUCUGCAGCCAACCCAGUUCGGUCCAAUUUGGCAAUGUUGCCUCUAACGGUACCUUCUAAUACUACAGAGCAAUCUUCAAACUCUUUUAAAAUCAUGAACACCCCAUUACUGAGUAUUCAAAUUUCAGAUACUCAAGUACCAAGUUCCAAUUCGCCUAUAAGUUUGACAUGCGAUUCAAACAGUUGUAGCUCUGAUAAUUCUGAAAAUAAAUUGAUUUGUUCAGAAAUAAUCGAUCUAGAUAGUCCAGUAAAAGAGGAGUUAUCUCCAAGUAGUGAUAUUAUACAAAACAAUUCAUCUGAUAUGCUAGAUAAACCAGUGAAGAAACCAAAAGAAUUGAAAUUUUCUACACAUGGUGUUUCAAUAUUGAAGAAAAGCAUAACAUUUGGCAAGGACAAAUGUAAUAUGAACGCAAAACCUUUGAUAUUUUCUGAUUCGGUUUCAGCUUUAACUAUAAGUAAGGAUGCAGAUGAUUCAAUUAUAAAUACAGAAGAUGAUAAAAAAAUUAGUGUUUCAUUAGAGCCAAAGGUACCACCUGUUGUAACUCAGAAGUCGGGAAGAAGAAAGUCAAGUUUCUGUUUCCGUAAGGAUUUUGAUGAUUCAAUUCAGUUCUUUGAUGAUGCUGUUGAUUUACAGAGAUCACUAGAAGUUAAUGGUAUUUCUUUGACAAGAGAAGUAGGGAAUGAGACAAUUUCUAGUGAUAAAAAUGAGGAAAAUGAUAUAGAAAUAAAUCUAAUCCAAACAGAGAGAGCUGGACCAAGUUCUGUAUCUAGUGAAAACUUUGAUAACAUGAUUAAAUGGGAAAAUGGUAUCGGAAAAUUGCCAGGGACUGAUUUGAAAUUCAAAUUGAAUGAAUUUGAUAUGAUAGAGGUCCUUACAAACUCUGACCAUGAGGAUGUUGCUAGAAAAUCUGCUAAGCCUAAGGAUACAGUUAAGGAGGAAGAUAUAAGAUGCAUUCAGUGUGGUUGUUAUGGACUGCUUUCUGACUUUUAUAGUUCAAAAUAUUGCAGUUUUUCGUGUAAGGAAAAAAGGAAAGAAUUGAUAAAAGAAAAGGAAUUGAAACAUAAAAAGAGGAAGAAAAUGAAAAAACGGGAAACAGAAGAGAAUAAAAAUGAAAAUGAGGAAUCAGAAUCGUCUAUAGAAAAUUCUUUUAACAGUAGACUUCCAGAUUUCUGGAGAUGUAAAAAUAAAGAAUUCUCUUGGGCCAAAUACCUGGAAUACACUAAAUCUCAGGCUGCUCCUGUUAAACUUUUUGCAGAUCCUUUUCCUUAUUCCCGUAACAAAUUCAAAACAGGAAUGUUGCUUGAAGGUAUUGAUCCCCAUCAUCCUUCCCAUUUUUGCCUCCUUUCAGUAGUGGAUGUGCAGGGAUACAGAAUGCGACUCCAUUUUGAAGGUUUCUCUAAAGAUUAUGAUUUUUGGGUUAAUGCUGAUAGUAACGAUAUAUUUCCCCUGGGCUGGUGUGAAAAAAAUGGACGCUAUCUUAAUCCACCUCCUGAGUAUGCAGAUAAAGAGUUCAAUUGGAUGCAAUAUGUAAAAGAAACCAAAUCGAUAGCAGCACCAAAAAGCGCAUUUCCAGAUCGCAGUCGCAAUGUCAUUUGUCCUAUUGGGUUUAGAGCUGGAAUGAAGUUAGAAGCUGUGGAUAUGAAGAACAAUACGGCAAUGGUUUGUGUUGCUACUGUGAGGGACGUACUCGAAAACAGGAUUUUAGUUCAUUUUGAUAGCUGGGAUGACAUAUAUGAUUACUGGGCAGAUCCAUCAUCUCCUUAUAUACAUCCAAUUGGUUGGUGUGAUAAAUUUGGUCACUCUCUAACACCUCCUAAUGACUAUCCAAAUCCAGAAGACUUUGGUUGGGACGCAUAUCUAAAACAAACUAACUCAUCACCAGCUCCAGUGAGGGCUUUCAAGCAGAAAGCUGCUUCUGGGUUCAAGAAAGGAAUGAAAUUGGAAUGCGUAGAUAAAAGGAUACCACAGUUUAUCCGAGUAGCUAGUGUGGUAAAUGUUAGAGAUCAUCAGAUAAGAAUACAGUUUGAUGGUUGGCCAGACAAAUAUUCUUAUUGGAUUGAAGACGAUUCACCUGAUAUUCAUCCUGCUACUUGGUGUCAAAAAACAGGACAUCCUUUAGAACCUCCUUUGACCCCAGAUGACUUCUAUGAAUUCCUGGAUUGUCCUACAAUUGGUUGCAAAGGAAUAGGGCACGCAUCAGGACCAAAACAUUCUACUCAUUCUUCAACAGAAGAUUGUCCCCUUUCCGAUCAGAAUUUGUUCACUGAAAAGAAAUUGCCGGAUAGAUUGUUGAGCCCAGGAAGGUCAGUUGAAUCUGUGGUACCAAAAUCUAGGGAACCUAAAGAGAAAGUGAAAACCAAAGUUGGUAGACCUCCAAAAAGGUCGUAUAAUGUCACUAAUGAAACAGAACACGGACCAAACAAUGAAUAUGGGGAGCCAAAUAAUAAGAAGAUUUGUUUAAUGAAUACUGUAGAUAGUUCCAUAGAAGGUAGGAUAAUGAAUUAUAUCCAAGAUAUGUCCGUACUUAAAACAGAAAAAGAAUGCCAAGCCCUACAUUCCAAGUUUCUGUCGAUAUAUACAGACACUGAUACCGAUCCACUCACUUGGUCUAUAUCAGAGGUUGCAAGUUUCAUACAGUCUUUACCGACAGGAAGCGAUUACUCUGAAGUAUUCGAAAAGCACAUGAUUGAUGGAGAAGCUUUGUUACUGAUUACCCAAAAUGAUAUCAUGGAUGUUUUAAAUAUAAAGCUUGGACCUGCUAUCAAACUUUAUAAUAGUAUUAUAUUAUUGCGAGAAAAAUCAAAUGAAAUAUUCAAAGAGUAAAUAUAUGGAUAUGAAUUUUGUAAAUAAAUGUAAAUGACUGGGGACAUAUUUAUUGUAUUAUAUAGUUUGUUUUGAAAAUAAAUUUUUUUUAUUGUUUCCA